AUGAUUGAUUUGAUCACUACACUUGUAGGAGAGAAAGAUCUGUCAAAGUAUUCAUUAUAUAUUCAUUGUAGGAUUGUUCAGUACAAGGCUGCUUACUACUCAUUUUACCUUCUGGAUGGAAAAGGAAAGUUGUUUAUAAAGUCGGACCCUGUGCCUUUAUUACGUAGGACCCUAUUCCUGGAAGUAUAUUCACAUGUGAAUAUUGCAUGCUAG